UCCUGCCCCUGCCUCUCCUUGCGUGCACCAUCGUCUGCAGAAGUCCCUGCUCACAGCACGAUGAAGACCGACCUGGAGCUUGCCUUGGAAUGCGUCGUCAACAUCUACCACCAGUACGCCAUAAAGUGGCCCAUCGAUGACUACCUGAGCAAGGGGGAGUUCUCUGAGCUGCUGAAGGAGACGGCCAAGCACUUCCUCUACAACACUGCACCGCCCAACGUGCCCGUUGAUGACUACAUCAAGCAGCUCUUCACCAAGGCAGACGCCAACCACGAUGGUCGUCUGAAGUUCACCGAGUUCCUGACCACGCUGAACCUCAUUGUCUGCGAUGCCCACAACAGAUCUCACCAGCAUCCAGGUGCUAGUCACAGCCACAGCCACGACCACGGCCAUGGUCCCCAAGAGUGAAGCUGUUCCUAGGGUGGCUGUGCCCACGGGACUCUUCCAGCAGCAUCAUCCUGUCCCUUUGCUCUGCCAGCACAGACUAAACAAUCAC